UGUAUCUGUUUCUCACAGAGCCUCCUUUAAGACUGCUCUGACUUUAAAAUCAUUACUAGGCUUUUGUCAGAGCAGAUUUGUUGACAUUCUUCUCACAUUAAAAAAAUAAAUUUAAAUGAUUCCACAAAUAAGCUAUGCAUUUCACUAUUUCCUGCUAAUAUGCAAAAAAUGUAUUUAUGAUAAUUACAUGUACUGUGUGCCAGAACUGAAACAAUACAUUCCUCAUAAUGGAGCAUAAAUAAAGAAGGUGGAGCCAGCUGCUCUUAAAACUGUUUAUUUGCACGCAGUAAUGAUAUAGAGAAUAUACCUUUUUCACUCUGUUAGUCUGGCAAUACUGAACCUGUUGCUGCAUUAGACGAGUUGCAUUUUGCUGGAUAGGGGAAGGAGGGCUGUCUGCUGUCUGGUAGGAGGGCUUUGUCUGUGCCUUUCUCUCUCUGUUUCUUUCUGUUUUUCUUUCUCUCUCUCUCUCCCCUUCUCUCUCUCUCACUCGCUUGCUCUGUCUCUGUCUCUCUCUCCCUCUGCCCCCCCUCCCUCCUCUCUCUUGCUCUCUCUCUCUCUUCCCGUCUCUGUGGUUUGUAAGGUAGGUUGCAGUGUGUGUAUAUACACAACAUCAAGAGCAGGAAAAUGGACUCAUUAGGGAGGCAGGCAGUCAUUACCACUCACACUGUACUUCCAGGGAGACACCGAUUAUGAGAAGAGAAACUCAGCGCUGGGGAAGAAGACAGAUAAAAAGAAGUGUUAAGAAUUGCCCUUUGCGACUCUGAAGGCUGAAGAGUACCUGAUAAAUUGCAAGUCUGGUUGUGCCCCAUAGCUGCACAGACUGCCUGAAGUUACAUUUAGAGACUGAAAUCACUGCACCUUAAAAACAAAAGAUUGAGCUACACUGUAUCCCUAAUGUUUCACGAUCACUAACUGGAUAUUCCUCACAACACUGCUGUCUGCAGUGGCUGGCACUUUUCCUCCACGUUGUGAGAGAAAGAGAAUUGGCUGGAAUAAAACCUUGCUUUCCAUAUGGUUGACUUGAAAUGCAGCAUUGAAAAGCUCUUUGACCAUCAGUCUGUGGCCUGCCCCUGCUUUUUAUAUGCAGCCGCUCUCUGUUCCCUGCCCCAAUGAACAUCUGCACUAGGCCCAAACCUCGGAGUGAUUUACCUGAAGAGUGACACCAUUUAUUUGGAAACUACUAUGAGGAAACUGAAGCCCAGAGAGGUGAAGUGAGGUGCCCAAGGCCACACAGCAAGUUAGAGGCACAGCUAGUACCAUAGCUCAAGUCUCCUGACUCCCAGUCCAGUGCUCCUCCCAUUACUCCACGGGUCCUGUCUCUAAGCUUCCUGACAAAUGCUAGAACGGAAGAAACCCAAGACAGCUGAAAACCAGAAGGCAUCUGAGGAGAAUGAGAUUACUCAGCCGGGUGGAUCCAGCGCCAAGCCGGGCCUUCCCUGCCUGAACUUUGAAGCUGUUUUGUCUCCAGACCCAGCCCUCAUCCACUCAACACAUUCACUGACAAACUCUCACGCUCACACCGGGUCAUCUGAUUGUGACAUCAGUUGCAAGGGGAUGACCGAGCGCAUUCACAGCAUCAACCUUCACAACUUCAGCAAUUCCGUGCUCGAAACCCUCAACGAGCAGCGCAACCGUGGCCACUUCUGUGACGUGACGGUGCGCAUCCACGGGAGCAUGCUGCGCGCACACCGCUGCGUGCUGGCAGCCGGCAGCCCCUUCUUCCAGGACAAACUGCUGCUUGGCUACAGCGACAUCGAGAUCCCGUCAGUGGUGUCGGUGCAGUCAGUGCAAAAGCUCAUUGACUUCAUGUACAGCGGCGUGCUGCGCGUCUCCCAGUCAGAAGCUCUGCAGAUCCUCACGGCCGCCAGCAUCCUGCAGAUCAAAACAGUCAUCGAUGAGUGCACCCGCAUCGUGUCGCAGAACGUGGGCGACGUGUUCCCGGGGAUCCAGGACUCGGGCCAGGACACGCCGCGGGGGACUCCCGAGUCGGGAACGUCAGGCCAGAGCAGCGACACGGAGUCGGGCUACCUGCAGAGCCACCCGCAGCACAGCGUGGACAGGAUCUACUCGGCGCUCUACGCGUGCUCCAUGCAGAAUGGCAGCGGCGAGCGCUCCUUUUACAGCGGCGCGGUGGUCAGCCACCACGAGACUGCGCUCGGCCUGCCUCGCGACCACCACAUGGAAGACCCCAGCUGGAUCACACGCAUCCAUGAGCGCUCGCAGCAGAUGGAGCGCUACCUGUCCACCACGCCCGAGACCACGCACUGCCGCAAGCAGCCCCGCCCUGUGCGCAUCCAGACGCUAGUGGGCAACAUCCACAUCAAGCAGGAGAUGGAGGACGAUUACGACUACUAUGGGCAGCAAAGGGUGCAGAUCCUGGAGCGCAACGAAUCCGAGGAGUGCACGGAAGACACUGACCAGGCCGAGGGCACCGAGAGUGAGCCCAAAGGUGAGAGCUUCGACUCGGGCGUCAGCUCCUCCAUAGGCACCGAGCCCGACUCGGUGGAGCAGCAGUUUGGGGCCGGGGCGGCCCGGGAUGGCCAGGCUGAACCCGCCCAACCCGAGCAGGCUGCGGAAGCCCCUGCCGAGGGUGCCCCACAGCCGAACCAGCUAGAAACAGGUGCCUCCUCUCCGGAGAGAAGCAACGAGGUGGAGAUGGACAACACGGUCAUCACUGUCAGCAACAGCUCCGACAAGAGCGUCCUGCAGCAGCCUUCGGUCAACACGUCCAUAGGGCAGCCAUUGCCAAGUACCCAGCUCUACUUACGCCAGACAGAAACCCUCACCAGCAACCUGAGGAUGCCUCUGACCUUGACCAGCAACACACAGGUCAUUGGCACAGCUGGCAACACCUACCUGCCGGCCCUCUUCACUACCCAGCCCGCGGGCAGCGGUCCCAAGCCUUUCCUCUUCAGCCUGCCACAGCCCUUGGCAGGCCAGCAGACCCAGUUUGUGACAGUGUCCCAGCCCGGCCUGUCGACCUUUACUGCACAGCUGCCAGCGCCACAGCCCCUGGCCUCAUCCGCAGGCCACAGCACAGCCAGUGGGCAAGGCGAAAAAAAGCCUUAUGAGUGCACUCUCUGCAACAAGACUUUCACCGCCAAACAGAACUACGUCAAGCACAUGUUCGUACACACAGGUGAGAAGCCCCACCAAUGCAGCAUCUGUUGGCGCUCCUUCUCCUUAAAGGAUUACCUUAUCAAGCACAUGGUGACACACACAGGCGUGAGGGCGUACCAGUGUAGCAUCUGCAACAAGCGCUUCACCCAGAAGAGCUCCCUCAACGUGCACAUGCGCCUCCACCGGGGGGAGAAGUCCUACGAGUGCUACAUCUGCAAAAAGAAGUUCUCUCACAAGACCCUCCUGGAGCGACACGUGGCCCUGCACAGUGCCAGCAACGGGACCCCUCCUGCGGGCACACCCCCAGGUGCCCGCGCCGGCCCCCAAGGCGUGGUGGCCUGCACGGAGGGGACCACUUACGUCUGCUCCGUCUGUCCAGCAAAGUUUGACCAAAUCGAGCAGUUCAACGACCACAUGAGGAUGCAUGUGUCUGACGGAUAAGUAGUAUCUUUCUCUCUUUCUUAUGAACAAAACAACAACAAAAAAGAAACAAACAACAAAAAAAGCUAUGGCACUAGAAUUUAAGAAAUGUUUUGGUUUCAUUUUUACUUUCUGUUUUUGUUUUUGUUUCAUUUCAUUUUGUACUACAUGAAGAACUGUUUUUUGCCUGCUGGUACAUUACAUUUCUGGAGGCUUGGGUGAAUAAUAGUUUUCCCAGUCUCCCUCGGAUGGUGGCCUUAAGGCCUGGUAGUGCUUCAAGAGGUCCACUGGUUGGAUCUCUAGCUACUGGCCUCUAAAUACAACCCUUAUUUACAAAAAAAUCUUUUAAAAAAAGUAAAAAAAAAAAAAAUUUUUUUUCACUUGUGAAGAGCACUACAAAAAUAUAUAACAAAAUCUAAAAGGCCUACUGUCUUUAAGUACACCGCUUGCAGUGUUUCAGUGGACAUUUUCACAAUUCUGGCCGCUUGGACUUCACAGUAACCAGUUAAAACUGUGGAAUAUCACUUCUGGUUGAAAACCCAGAGGAAAGGCCCUGCUGUUUUCCACCUACCACAUUGUCUGAUUUCACAAAAGGGCUGUGGGGGCGGGAAGGGGCAGUGGGUCGGUGGUGUGGGAAAGAAAGGCAAGUGGCAGGCUUCUCCCCCAGAUUCUGCCCAGGUCCACACCCUGGCCCACCUCCCCCAUGUCCCCCCCUUCCAGCAGAAGCCAGGAAGACUUGGACAAGCAACAAGCAACAGUGGCUAUCGCUAUCGUAUUUAUUCAGUGUCUUCGCUGAGCCACAGCCUCAGCACAAUCAAGAGGGACUUUCAUGAAAGGCAGGAAUGCAGAUAAAACAAAGAUAUCAGAAAUUUGCACCUAUGUUUCUAGGUACAAGAGAAGGAUUAUUUCCAACAAUCUUUGCAAAAAAAAAAAAAAAGUGUCAGGAUAUAUUCUUGUGGAAGAGAAAAAGAAAGAAAUGGAGGGUGGGGGGAACAAUAAAAAGUUCUUGAGGCUUUUCUAAUUCAAAAUUUUAUAGAGGGGCAAAAGUGACGUUUACCAGAUAGAAUGCUGAUUUUUUAAAUAUAUUUACAACAGUAUUUGUGUAAAAAAAAAACAAA